CUUGUUUUCUUGGCCGAUAAACAGAAGAUAAUCGGCGGUUGAAGUUGAAUAAUUGUUAGCGAGAUGGUGUUGAAGGCGAAGAAAGCGUUGAAUAAAAAACUGGACAAGGCUUUUGCUCAGUUUGCGCUUUGUGAUCCUAAGAAUUCAGCUUCUGAAUUCUUGCCGUUGGAAGGCGGCGCGGCCUGCACGUAAGCUUUCGGAGGAGAAGGAGAAGGAGAAGGAGAAGGAUAGGCCGCAGCCCGCAGGGGAGUGCGAAUAAAGCUACGUUGUUGUACAUUGGUCAUAGACCACAUGGGUUCUAUUCUAUGAGAAUCAAAUGCAAGGUAUGAC